AUGGCUUCUUCUGCAGAUUUGUUAUCCUCAAACUCUAAUUCCCGACCUCAGACACCAUUGCUACCACUCACCGUCAACCCAUCCUCUAACAUUUCGAGAAAAAACUUCAAAACCAUUCUUCACUUCAUCCCUACGCUAGCCACAGCUCUCGUCUCCAUUUACUCCAUAAACUUGGCUAUGGAGAUCUCUCUUUUUCCCAAACAACCCAUUUUCCACAUCACCUCCCUCUCUCUCUCCAACUUCACCGUCUCGGAAAAAAAGCUCGCUGCCGUCUGGGUCGUCAACGUGACGGUCUUUAAUCCCAGCUUUGCCUUGCAGGUCGCCAUUGAUGAAAUUGAAAGCUCGAUUCUCUACAAAGAAGACGACCCUCUUUCUAUAACUUCUGUCAAUGGCUUCCACUUGGGGUUGAGGGAGAAAAAGGAUUUGCGGAUGAAGUUUGCGACGACGGGUCGGGAGCCGGUGGUGGAAUACCCGGUGUUGAGGGAGAUGGGUGGGGAAUGGAGAGGCGGAACGGUGUCGUUUAGCUUGGAAAUGACCAUGUGGAGCACGUAUAGGACAGGGCUGUUUGGGUGGUCAAGGCGUGUUUACGUUAAUCCUUAUUGCCUCGGUUUAGAUGUUGGGUUUGAUGAUGGACGGCUGAUAGGGAGUGGGCCCAAGGAUUGUAUGGUCUUGAUGCUAGUUACUUGA